GAGAGAGCGAGAAGGAGAUAGAGACGAAUCCAAAAUCCGAACCCUUGCAAGAAAACUCUGAGAGAGAUGGCAGGAAUCGGACCCUUGACUCAGGACUGGGAGCCCGUCGUCAUCCGCAAGAAAGCUCCGACCUCCGCCGCUAAGAAAGACGAGAAGGCCGUCAACGCCGCCCGUCGCAGCGGCGCCGAUAUCGAAACCGUUAAGAAAUCUAAUGCUGGUACGAACAAAGCUGCUUCUAGCAGCACAUCUUUGAACACAAGAAAGCUUGAUGAUGAGACAGAAAAUCUUUCCCAUGACCGUGUGCCAACUGAACUGAAGAAGAGCAUCAUGCAAGCUCGAAUGGACAAGAAGUUCACGCAGGCUCAACUUGCUCAGAUGAUUAAUGAGAAGCCGCAAGUGAUUCAAGAGUACGAGGCUGGGAAGGCCAUACCGAAUCAACAGAUCAUCACCAAACUGGAAAGGGUUCUUGGUGUGAAGCUACGGGGAAAGAAGUAAACAUGCAACAAUGGAGGGAUAGCUGUAAAAAAGGGGGAAAAAAGGAUGUCACUCAGGGGAAAACUAGGUGCUUUUGCAUAUUACAUAGGGAGUGAGAAUAACUGGGACUGGGCAGAGUCUAGUUUGGUGUGUGCAUGGAAAGAUUAAGCAUAUGCUUGUGAGAAACUACUCUAUGGUGGGUGUGGCCUUUUGUCUGUGUGUGUGUGUGUUUUCCUUUUAAACUAUGCGAAUCCUUUUAUGGGUCUUGUUUGUUAUCAUGGAUUGGUCAUAUAUCCAGGAUAUUCUCUCCCUCUCCCACUA